ACAUAGCAAAGAUAACGACGGUCAAUCACAAAGUCGUUUACCAGUAAGCUAGCUUAGCUAGGACGGGGAGAAAUAAUGCCGCUCAAGAACGUGCACUACCAGAAGGUAGAGACGGAGGAGAGCGACUUGGAAGAGGACGAGCUCCCUCCGUCACACGUCAAACUUCAGGGCACCAACCACGUCAAGGGUGACAGAUGGAACCACAUAGACAAUUUGGACGAGUUCUUUGAAAGAGUGUACCAGUACCACCAGAACCAUGGACUGUGGGCCAUUACACUCUCAGACAUCAUGGAACUAUUCCAAUUCCUGUUCAUCGUGUGUUUCUCUGUGUUCAUUGUGACGUGUCUGCGGUUCAACCGACUGUUUCUGGACAAGAUCACCUAUGUCAAGGAUAACACCACCAACGAGAGAGACGUCAUGUUUGGAGACUUAUUCGACCAGACAAGACUACUCCAUAUGUCGGCACUUCUGGUGUUUGUUCUACUGGUGGCUCUGUCAUUCUGGCUGCACAGAGUCUACCUGACAGCAAGACGUUUCCUGCAGUUCUGGGAGAUACGGAACUUCUACCACCAUGCCCUCGGAAUAUCCACUUCUCAGAUGCGCAACGUGACAAUGGGCAGAGAUUCUGGUGAGGCUGGAACAACAGCCCAGAAAGAUCACUAAAAUGAACAUACAGAAUAAGCAGGACUAACCGAACGAUGUGUACCAUCGCACUCCUGAGGUCUCAGAACUAUCUGUGCCAUGAUCAACAAAAUCCUCCCCUGCCAAAAAUACAUUCCCCUUCUAUGGAGAGAAGGUUUUCAUUCACACAUGACUAAAGCUCAUACGAACUUCUGCUCUUCUGGGGACAGGAGCCCCAUUCAGAAACAGUUUCUACCUCCACGAAGACUACAGUAUGCCUCCAGAAGAAGUGUACACACUGAGCAUCAGACCAUGCAUCAUGCAUUCACUGUUCUUGCAGUAUGAACUGAUUUCAAAGUGAUGUGUACACGUUCUACCCACUGCACGACGUCACUCUUAUCUAUUGCACUGCCCUCUCUCCCCCCUCUCUUCACAACUGAGGUUCCGGAUAGGGCUGC